GGAUCCGGCCCCCGAGCCUUGACUUUGACACGUGUGUUUUAGGUCUUCACGCUGAAUAUUUUUGGGCUGCAGUCAUGAUAGUUGGUACCAGUAUUUAUCAGUGACAGACCUGAGCAGCAUCAGUUCCUGAGUGGAGGUGACAUCUCCUGGAACGUUGCAUUUCUGAGAGCAUUUAUCUUUAGUCUAAAAGAAUCUGCUGAGUUUUUCAAACAGUUUCUAAUCUUCAUCUUUUGAGUGGAUUCCUGUCAGAGAUCUCCGUCCGCCUGCAGCUCUCCUGCAGCCCAUCAAUAACAUAACGUGUCAGAAGAACAAGGUCCCCACAGGCACCGAACCCAGACUUCAAAGGGCCGUGAAGACGACAUCUAAAGCAGAAACCCGGAGCCACAGAUGACACAUCUACUCCAUAAACAUCAGAAUACCUUUAUUUUCAAAUCCAGACUGAAGACAAGAAUCUCCAUUCUUCUCUAAAUCUCUUCUGUGCUCAGAAUUAGUAAUCCAGAAUUCGUAAUCCAGUUUUCAUUUAUGUUUUGAUUUUCAACACGACACAUAAAAAUAAUGUAAAGAGGUUUCCUCUGUGAUUUAAUUUAGAAUGAGCUUAAAUCUGAUCUUUUGCUGAACAUCAGUGUCUAGUUGCUCUGUCAGAAGUAAAGUUCUUCAAAAUAUAGAUUUAUAUGUAGAGAUUAGACACUCUACAUCAGUGUUGUUUAUAUUCAAUAAUAAAAGGAUGAAAAGGAUGACGGCACAACAACUUUAUUUCAUUUUUUCUGUGAGACGGCAGAAACAUCUCUAGAGAUGUCUGUAGAUGUGGAUAAGUGAAUUUAUAUAUUCAAUAUUAAUCAACAUAAAGAAUUCUAUUCCUCAAACUGCGCCCAUCUUAUGAUGUAGUAAAAUAUAUUUAGCAUUUAUGUCUUUGUAUUUUUGAUGCUUCAUGAAAGGAAAUAAAAAAUGAUGGAAAUAAUGUGUUUGACUUCUUCUGCUGCAGGAUCUGAUUUAACACAGGGUGUGUUUUAUUUCGAAAGGAACUUGUAUGCCCUGCUCUCAAAAGUACAUUAAAUGAUGCUAUAAAUAUAAUAUACAACACAGGUAUUUUUAUAAAGAAAGACCCUAAAACACAAAUAAAGAAGACAUUUCUGAACUCAUUUAGUUUUGGUCGGUGGGAAAGGUUACAGUGACUAUCACAUGAGGCUGUUUUAUAGAUAUCUGGGAUACCCAAUAUAGUAGAAUAUUUAAAGACAUAACUUUCAGGCACAGACGGCAGCCCACGUGGGAACCUAGAAUUUCCGCGGAGGUUUUCGGUUCGUGAACGCAGCGCAGCUUGCUCAGCGUGUCGUUCCAGCUGCAGGAGAACCAAAGCAAACAGUCAGUCAUGUUCCUCCUCCGUGACUCCAGGAGACAAGCAGGAGGGUCUGAACGCACAGCAUCCUGGGAUUAUUAGUUCAAAGUGUCAGGAUGGGUUUCUAAAGCAUCCUCACGCUCUCAGGUGAGACACUUUUAACAAGACGCACUUUUUAAGGUGGGAACUUCCAGAUCAAUGAGACGCAAUUCAGGAUUUUUUAAACAUAUAACUAAAAGCAAGAAAACAACACAGAGUUGAAGAAAGAAAACACCUGCAGGGAUUCUCGAUAUGUUUUCCACGGCUAUCCUCGCCACGGCGCUCUGCGCUUUUGCGCACUUGGACACUUUUACGCACGGCUGCCAGCUGCCCUCCGAGUGGCGGCCGCUGAGCGAGGGCUGCCGGGCGGAGCUGGCGGAGAUCAUCGUGUACGCUCGGGUCCUGGCGAUCCACCGGGAGCCUCUGGGGAUCGGAACCAGCAGCCUGUUCAACUCGCUGCCCUUUGGCUUCGCGUAUGGAUACGAGGGCGCAGAGGAAGGACUGCUGUACUCGGCGGAGGUGGAGCUGCUGUGCGACCAAGCGUGGGGCAGCAUGCUGGAGGUGCCCUCUGGAUCCAGGCUGAACCUGACCGGGCUGGGCUACCUGUCCUGCCAGUCCCACACCGUCAUGGAGAACGACUCCUACUUCUUUUUCCUCAGAAUGGAUGAGAACUACAGCAUCCUCCCUCACGGCGUCAACUUCCAGGAUGCCAUUUUCCCGGACACGGCGGAGAACCGGCGCACGUUCUCCAGCCUCUUCCAGUUUGCAAACUGCUCAGAGGGGGGGACGCUGCUGCACUCCUUCGGUCCUGACUGGGAAGUCCAGGAGGACAGCAGGCUGCUGUGCUCCUCGGUCCAGGUGGCGCUGUUCGAGGAGGAGGAGCGCAGCCGGAAGCUGCAGGAGCGGCUGGCCGUGCUGGAGAAGAGGAACCGGCAGCUGAAGGACCGCGUUCGGAAGGUGAAGCGCUCCCUGAGGAACGCCCGCAAAGCUGCGCGUAAGGCGGAGCAGGAGGCGCGGGAGCUGCAGGGGAAACUCAACGCCGCGGACAGAAGGGCGGGGCGGUACCUCAACGCCAUAACGCAGGAGGAGCCUGCGAACGGCGCCUUCACGAGUGCAGCGAUGCAGCAGAGGAUGCAGCUGUGAAGCAACAUUCACUCAGACUGAUAUGAGCCGAGGAGACUCAUCACACACUUUAUUUAAUUUUUCAAUUAAAUCUUUUUUUAAUUAAAAAAUAAGCUAUUUUUUUCAUCAUCUUAUAGCAUCACAACACAUUUAAUGACUUUUUACUGCAACCUGGUUGGAGGACUCACAACCUGUGCAGUUGGCGUCAGGCUUUCUGCUUCUUUCAAGCGUCAGAUUCCUCCGCUUUCUGCGAGUUCUCUGUUUCCAUGGAGCUUCUUCAACGUUUAAACCCAAAUGAAACACAACAGUUUAGUCAUUCUGAUGAUGAAUUAGCACAAAAGUGACUUAAAGGAAUCUGAAAAGUCCUCUGUGCUUCAGACGUGUUAGCUGCACCUCCUCAAACUCUACUUUGAAUUGCUUGCAAGUGAACCCUGGUGUGGUUCAGUGAAGUGUGAACACAGAUGAGCUUUUUAGAGAGUUGAGCUCCUUAAAUACUGAAAACAAUCCAAAAGAAGGAACAAUCAAGUAAGUGUCAAGGUGCCUUAAUGAGGAGAAAAAUGUAAAGAUUUCUUUAUUUCCUUUUUUGUGUUCUGUGUUACUUACUUGUCCUGUCCAGCAGCUGAGUACACUGAUAAGAAAUGUUGUGUGGAGCAGUUUGUCCUGUUACAAUAGGUGUUUUUUUAACCCUAAGCAAGAAAAACUUGCAUCUGAUGAAAAUCCUGUUUUUUUGAGUUUUUAUUAUG